GAGAGAGGGAGCCAUGGCUGAUGAUGGGAUCCGUGGAGUCGAGGUGGACAUCAAGGACACGAACCCAACCCCCAAAAUCAAAGAGGAGACGGGCCGCUGGUUCUCUCUGCCUUUCUUCCAAAAGCUGCUAGCGGAGGUGGUCGGGACAUACUUCUUGGUAUUCGCGGGUUGUGGGUCGGUGGUGGUGAACAAGAACAACGAGAAGGUGGUGACGCUGCCGGGGAUAGCCAUCGUGUUUGGCCUCGCGGUGAUGGUCAUUGUUUACACCAUUGGCCACAUCUCCGGUGCCCACGUCAAUCCCGCCGUCACCAUCGCUUUCACCGUCACCAGGAGAUUCCCAUGGAAGCAGGUACCGGCUUAUGUGUUGGCGCAACAACUCGGGGCGACCCUCGCGGCCGGGACACUCCGGUUGUUGUUCACGGGGAUCCACGACCAAUUCGCCGGGACGCAGCCUUCUGGGUCGGAUGUGCAAGCCUUCGUGGUCGAGUUCAUCGCAACGUUCUACCUCAUGUUUGUCAUCUGUGGUGUCGCCACUGAUAAUAGGGCUAUUGGAGAGCUUGCUGGUCUUGCUGUGGGUGCAACUGUAUUGCUCAAUGUGAUGGUUACCGGGCCGAUCACCGGAGCCUCGUUGAACCCGGUGAGAAGCUUGGGGCCGGCAAUUGUCUCUAACAAUUACAGAGGGAUAUGGAUAUACCUACUCGCCCCGACCAUGGGUGCGAUAUCGGGCGCUGCUGUCUACAACACCAUCCGGUUCACUGACAAGCCUUUGCGUGAGGUCGUGCGGAGUGGCUCGUUCCUGAGAAACAGCGGGAGAAGCGGCUCCAACCGGUGAGAGAGGAGGGAGAGAGAGGGAGGGAGAGAGAAAAAUAAAACAGUUUGUCAAUGUCAUACUAUUCUGGUACGUUUCGUAUAUGAAAUGGGACAUCUUUGAAUGGGUCCAUUCACAUGUAUUAUAAGGUAUAACAAUGCGAAACAUACUUGAUUGUUAAGGUAUGACUUGCCGUUUUAAAGCUUCCGCCGGCUAUUUUGGCCAACCUUUGAAAUCUUGGUCCCUUACUAGCAUGUUGCCCUUUCAUGCGCUAAAUCAGAUCUGCCUUCUAGU